GUGAAAAAGUCAAAAAGUUGAAACCGUAAUGCGUAUUUUUUACUAGCGUGGUAAAUUUACAAAAGAAAAAACGCAAAAUUCAUUAAAUAUACGAAGAAAAUUUAUGGCCAAUAUCGGGCAUUGGUUGUUGUACUCUUAAGAUUUAUUGAAAUUCAGUGCAAUAUCAAUUGGUAACAAAGUGAAAAUCGUGGAAUAUUUUCCACACAAAUUUGUGGUUAUGUUUUGAAGCGAAGGCGAAAAGAAAAAAAGUCAGUCUGACAUAGAUUGUUGUUUGGUGUUUGUGUUGCAAGUGGAAGUGGUGCAGAAGAAACAGAACAAAUAAGUAGAAAAAUUCCGGUGCAGAAAGAGAACACGGAAGUAAUAUCAAAGAUUUAAUUUGCAAAUAAAGUGAUCUGCGAUGUCUCCAAAAACAAAAAUGACAACCCAAUAAAGGCCACACAGCAAAAACAACAUCACCACCCUUGUCUGUAUGACAAGAUAAAAACGCCUUGUUCAAUCAGCCUCCUUGUCUCGGCGGCUAUUGUUGUACAGUUUAAAUAAAAAAAAAACAGCAACAACAUCAUUGUAAGACAUUCGGAUUCUUGGAAAAUGUUCGAAACACACUACAUUAAUGCGAAUGUAAACAAUAGUGGAAAUAGCCCUCCACCGCCAGCGGCUGCUACUACACCCAUACCCAGCGGUUCCUUUGGUGCUGCCAGUUCACUUGCCAGUGCUACGAUAUCUACAAUGGCAACAAGUAUUACCGGGACCAGUGCCAGUAGCAGCGGAGGCACGAAUAGUCGAAAAACAUCUACAUCGGAUAGUCAAACAUUGCCCAAAUACUUACAACAACUGUCGCUUGGUGAACAUUUGGAAGUGCUUCCCGACCAUCGCUGUCCCCUGUGUUUCCAGGCCAAACGACAUCAUGAAGUUAUAGAGGCUAUAAAAUAUGAACGUCAGCCUUGGCGUAUACGUGAACGAAUGAAAACCGCAAGUGUUGCCUUGGUCUUGUGCCUAAACAUCGGUGUUGAUCCUCCGGAUGUUAUCAAGAUACAACCAUGUGCUCGACUGGAAUGCUGGAUCGACCCUUCCUCGGUAUCGGCACCCAAAGCUAUGGAUCUCAUUGGCGCAAAUUUACAAAUGCAAUACGAACGCUGGCAGCCUCGAGCUAGAUAUAAGAAGUGUCACGAUCCCACAGUAGAAGAUGUGAAAAAGUUGUGCACCUCCUUGAGACGUAAUGCCAAGGGCGAACGCAUCCUUUUCCACUACAACGGACACGGUGUACCAAAACCAACAGCCAAUGGAGAAAUUUGGGUUUUUAACAAAACCUUUACUCAAUACAUACCACUGAGUAUAUUCGAGUUACAAAAUUGGAUGGCGGCUCCUUCAAUAUAUGUUUAUGAUUGUUCGAAUGCUGGCAUUAUUAUCCAAUCUUUUCUGCAGUUUGCCGAACAGCAUGAACGAGAAAUGGAAAAGGCAAUGGCUGCUGCCAACCAACGUGUUCCACCUGGUCAGGGCCAAACAUCGCUUCCUGCUGCCGUUAGCUAUAAGAACUGCAUCCACUUGGCGGCCUGUUCGGUGGGUGAAAUUCUGCCCAUGAAUGCCCAAUUACCAGCCGAUUUAUUUACAUCCUGCCUUACCACUCCCAUAAAUAUUGCCCUAAAAUGGUACACGAUGAGAGAGAAGUUCGGCUUGGUUCCACGACUGCAUAGUGAGUUCAUCGAUAAGAUUCCCGGCAAGGUUAAUGAUCGCCGCACCAUGAUGGGUGAACUGAAUUGGGUGUUUACAGCCAUCACUGAUACAAUAGCUUGGAAUACAUUGCCACGAGAGUUGUUUCAAAAGCUAUUUCGCCAGGAUUUGUUGGUGGCCAGUCUUUUCCGUAACUUCCUGCUGGCUGAACGAAUCCUCAGGUCGCAUGACUGCACACCAGUUUCGCAUCCUGCACUGCCUCCCUGUUUUCGUCAUCCCAUGUGGACCGCUUGGGAUUUAGUGGUGGAUUUGGCUUUGCAACAGCUGCCAGAUAUUUUGGAGAGAGGUGCGCCCUAUAAACAAUUGCCCUUCUUCGAGGAGCAGCUAACCGCAUUUCAGGUGUGGCUAGAUCGUGAGUCAGAAUCACGCACGCCACCCGAACAACUUCCCAUUGUACUGCAAGUUUUACUAUCACAAGUCCAUCGCUUGAGGGCCCUAGAACUGUUGGCCAGAUUUCUUGAUCUCGGCCCCUGGGCUGUGAAUCUUGCCCUAGGUGUUGGCAUAUUUCCAUAUGUACUUAAAUUACUACAAAGCUCGGCCAAGGAGCUACGUCCAGUGUUGGUCUUCAUUUGGGCCAAAAUUCUAGCUGUGGAUCCCACAUGCCAGCUGGAUUUAGUUAAGGAGCAUAAAUACUUUUUGGGAGUGCUGCAGGACAACACUGUGGUUAAGGAGUAUCGCACCCUGUCGGCAUUUGUCUUAGCCUGUAUUGUAAAUAAAUUCCUUUUGGGACAAACGAGCGCCCUGCAAGGCUCUUUGGUGUCCAUUUGUCUGGAGCAGUUGAAUGACGAAAGUUGGUUGCUGAGACAAUGGCUAGCCAUAUGUUUAGGCAUGCUGUGGCAAAACUUUGAAAAGGCCCGUUGGUCUGGUGUACGCGAUUUGGCACAUGAAAAAUUAUAUCCCCUUUUGAAGGAUCCCAUUCCGGAGGUACGUGCUGCGGCAGUAUUUGCCCUGGGCACAUUCAUUAGUUCAGUAACAGACCGUUCCGAGGAACACGCGAAUAAUAUCGAUCGGAUAAUAGCCAUAACACUGCUUGAAAAUGUUGCCGAAGAUAUGUCACCAUUGGUGCGCAUGGAGCUGGUUGCUGCCCUGCAAUGGAUGGUGUUGCUGUUUGAGUCGCAAUUCGUUACGGUAUACAUGCAGGAGCACAUGUCGUCGUCAUCGGUCAGUAGUGAGCGAAGUGCCAGUGUUAGCCAUGUUAUGCCUGGGGCACCAAUUUCAAGUGUCGCCGGCCAUGGUGGUGGUCAUCACCAUCAUCAUUCCACUCACAGUCUGGAGCGUCAUGCCACUAUGCGUCGUGGUGUUAGUUCCAGUUCUAUAUCCAAUAUAAGCUCCUCAGCAAUACCCUUUCAGUCGAUCUUUUUGAAACUGUGGCAGGGCAUCUACCAGUUAAGCCACGAUCCAUUCCCCAAGGUUGCUGAAAUUGCCCGAGAGGUUAUCGGAUUCAUUAAGAAUGCCGCACUUUUGUUGAUAACCGCCAAAGAGGCUGCCAACGAGAAGUGCAUUAGCUUAAGCGUCAGUUUGCCGCCUAGUCCAAAUACACGAGUUUCGUAUUUGAGUGGCGGUGCAGCUGGUACCGGCGAAUCACCACCCACGGGUGGUGGCAAUGUGGCCACUGGUCAGGGAAAUGCUAGUCCCUGGGCAUCGAAACUGAGAAAUAUGAAUGAUCCACAAGCAAUGUUGCAUCGGAAGUUACGCACAACGUCGAUGAAUGAUGAAACUGAUAGCGCUGGUCCACACAUCUCGAUGGGAGGCCAUGAAGCAGCAGGCGUAGGUGGAAAUGGUGGUGGCGGAGCAGAUGGUUCUGCUUCCGGUCACAGCAGUACUAGCGAUACAAAUUUCGAGUCAAAGUCACAAACACUAAAACCCAUUGUGACCACAGAAUUCAUACCAUGGGCCAUAUCGUACUUUACACGUCCUGGAAAACAUCGUUACGCAGCCGAUAAGGAUAGUGAAAAAGUCCAAGUAUUUCCUGUCGAUAAGAAUGCACCUGUGUUGCGGGCUCGGGAAUGUCGCUUCCAACGUAAUCGUCAAAUACGCAGUCAAGCGCGCAACCAGCAGGCCAGAUCUCUGCGCAUUGACACACAAAGUUGGGUGCGUAAAACUCAGUCGACACCCAGUCUCGUGCGGCUGUUGCCCUACGAACAACAGAUUGCAGUUGCCUACCGGGAGAAGGUACUCUUGUACGACUGGCAACGCAAUACGGUAAGGACCUUUACUCCCGCUACAGUGCCAUCAUCGUCGUCGUCAGCAACAACCUCACGCAAUCGAACGUCUUCGGCUUCGCCACCGGCUCAUAUGCCACAGAACAGUAAUGUUGUUGCACGCGUCAGUGCUAUAGAGUUCCUAAAUUCUCAAGAUUUGCCGUUAACAUUGGUGGGCCACGAAGAUGGUGUGGUUCGCAUUUGGCAGCCAAAUGCCAGCAAUAAUGGUGAGGAACAAAGUCGAGAUUCUCCCGGCCGUUUGGUUACAGCAUGGGUAGCUUUACCCGCGUUACAGGCAUCUUAUCUGGGGACCUCACCUAGUUUGGGAUCCUCAUCUAAGUAUACACGCAAGGAUAUUGCCGGAGAUGGAUGUGGCUUGGUGACAGCUUGGCAGCAAUGUUCACAGCAAUUGGUGGUAGCCGGUGGUUCGAGUCGUUUCAUACGCAUAUGGGAUGUGGAAAGAGAACUGCGCCUGAGUGACAUCCCCAUUGGUAGUGAGCACAGCAUUAGGGUGCUCUCGCCGUUUACCAAUAACGUUUGCAGUGACAUUAUUGUUGGUGGAUGUGGCAACGGCAGUGUACGACUCUACGAUAAACGCUGCGCUCCACAGGAGGCUCCCAUUCGUGUCUAUCGCGAGCAUACUGGUGCAAUACUGAGUGCCUGUCUAAGGGACAAUCAGACGACACUUGUAACAGGUUGUUCACAGGGCAAAAUAUGUGUUAUUGAUUUGAGAUCGAAAGUACCCAAUGGUGUUCUAAGUCAGUGGGAUGUGGGCAGUGAUGUUACGGCCAUAGCAUCCCAUCCAUCGGUUGAUAUGAUAGCAGCGGGCAGUGCCAACAAGAUAACGAUUUAUAGUAGUCAACAGGGCGGUCGGGUACUGAGUACAUUGCGUAGCAAUGAAAGUUUUAUGGGGCCCAAGAUUGGACAUCCCACAUGUUUGGCUUUCCAUGUGCACAGAAUAUCGUUGGCUGUGGGUUUUGUAGAUAAUACGGUAGCUGUGUAUGAACCAUCACCAGUUUUAUAAAUUGUGUAGUCGCUGGCAAAGUGAUGUCGAUAAAAAUCCUCAAACAUUUGAUAAUGUGCGUAAAUUUCUCCAAGGCGAACAUAUGCUGGAUGCCAUCCUCUAUGUCCAAAAGAAAACCAAGUUAACACAACUC